GGACGUCGGCCUUGCGAUCGAUAGCGCGCGUGGGCUCGGCGACGGCAGAGCGAAUUAAAGAUGGGUGAUGUUGAGAAAGGCAAGAAGAUCUUUGUUCAGAAGUGUGCCCAGUGCCACACUGUGGAAAAGGGAGGCAAGCCCAAGACUGGACCAAAUCUCCAUGGUCUGUUUGGGUGGAAGACCGGUCAGGCUGCUGGAUUCUCUUACACAGACGCCAACAAAAACAAAGGCAUCACCUGGGGAGAAGACACACUGAAGGAGUAUCUGGAGAAUCCCAAAAAGUACAUCCCUGGAACAAAAAUGAUCUUCACUGGCAUCAAGAAGAAAGGAGAAAGAGUAGACCUAAUAGCUUAUCUUAAAAAAGCUACUAAUGAGUAAUGGCCUCUGCCUUAUUUAUUAUAAAACAGAAAUGUCACAUGGCUUUUAAUGUGUACCAUAAUUUUACUGAUUUCAUACACCACAAUUCAGAUCAUGAAUGACUAACAGAGUAUUUUUGUUGGAGAGUCCUUAUUUAAGUAAAAUUGGCUUGCAGUAAAGAGAAUAUGAUCUUUUUAAAAAUA